CUAGGUUGCGCCAACCGGAGUUGCGCAGGCGCAGUGAGUGUGCGGGCGCAGCUUCGCCGUGGUUUCGGUUGAGCAUUCUUGGAAACGUCUUGCUCGGUGAACAGGCAGUCGACUGUCGGCCAACGACUGUUUCCACAAUGUCUGGAGAAUUAUUUUAACGGAAUAGGAGCCGAGCGGAAACACCGGAGCAGCGUUAGGUAAGAAUAAAAUAUUGAGCCUUCCCUUCCUGCACUGUGACGUCAAACCUCACCACACCUGCUUCAUCUGCAUAUUGCAAGGCUGACGGCAUAAUAAGAUCUGCAUUAGACUGAAAAUUGUACCAGAAGAGGAGGGCCCAUCCUGAUUCAAGCUGGUCGUCAAUGGACAAGUGAAGUCUUUCUUACCUUGCCAGUUAAAAGCAAUGUUUUUGGGAGCUGGAGGCCGUAGCACCAUCAGCCGAGUGUGUGUGGGGCCCCUCCUCUCCCUCUUUCCCAGCACCCCUCCUGAUAUGGGAUGCCAGCCCCCUGCCUCCCUGCCCUGAGCUCUCCUGGGGUGCCAUGAACAGCUACAGAGACAGAGGGGUCACUUGCACCUCCUCGGACCUCCUUGAUGGAGGUGGAGGAGGAGGAGGAGGGCUGCCCCAGCACACUCAGUUUCACCACACCCUGAAUGGCCUCACAGACCUGGCCAUCCAACCACGAGUCUCAGUGCCCAAAAUGGGUGUUCGUGCGCGGAUUGCCGAGUGGCCCCCACGUCGCUCACAGUCCAGAGAGUCACUGCUUGAAAAUGGGCAAAGCAGCCGCCAUGGAGAUGACUGCUCCACUUCAGUUUCCUCAUCAGUUUUGUCUUCAGACAUCGGUCUGGUGCGGGGAGGAGUUGCCAGGUUGCCACGACGGCGGUCCAAGGAUAUAGAAUUCAGAGGAGGUGGGUUUGGCGGAGGAAGAGGUUCACCUCUGAGUCUCAGAGUGUUCCCUCCUUUGAGACAGCGCUCCAACAGUGAGGUGACACUGAGUGAACAGGACGAAAAUGAGGUGGAGGGUCGUUUAGGUGGCGGGAUGGGGAACCUGUUCAGAGAGUAUGGCAGCACCUCCUCCAUUGACAUCCAGGGCAUUCCUGAACAGAGCUUUUUCGACAUGCUCAGCCAGUUCCACCAGGAGAGACCUGACCAGCGCAGUUCAGCACCCGCACGCCUCAGGGAGCUGCUGCGUGCUCCAGACUCGCCAUCAAGCGCACCCCUCCCUUCUGCUCCUUCACCUGGCCCCACAGGUGGGGACGACAGAGGGACAGGAAGGAAGGACGGAGCUGAGAGGGUGAGGAAGAAAAGUGGGGGGACGGAGUCGUCACUGGGCACCUCCUCUUUGUUCAGGAAACUUAGGAGCUCAAGUCGCGGUGAGCUGGACGGGGGAAAAGGAGAGAGUGAGGAAGGGGGAGGACGGGGUUCAGGAGACUCCUCGUAUAAACCGUGGGUAUGCCCCAAAAGCUUUGUCCAUUAUGAUGCACAGAGCGUCCUGUUUGACCUCCACGAAGUAGCAGCACAGCGGGGCUACGCCUCCCAGAGGAGGAACACCGCCACAGGGGCAUCAGCUGCUUCAGUGUCCCUGUCCGUCUCCAGAUCCUCAGCUCAGAGUGUGAACGACCCAGUUUAUUCCAGCAUAGAGGAUCUGACCCUGAGUGUUGACCCUGGCUCCACAACACCCUCCCUGGGCACGGAGCCACUGGACGGCCCUCCCGGUGCCCACAACUCAAGCCCUCUGCUCCUGUCAUGCCCCCACUUCCUCAAUGAGACUGGAGGCCACGGGGAGCGCAACAUCAGCUUCCUCAGCUCGUCAGCGGAGCGAGGAGGAGACGGAGGAGGAGAGGCAGUGAGGAGUUGGCUGAGGAAGAGCAACGCCAGCGUCUCAGUGCUGGAGGUGCCUGUUGAACAGCAGGUCAUGAGACUGGACAGAUUAAAAUUGUACAGCAUAGAGCAUGUAGACCUUGGGGCCAGGUACUACAGAGACUACUUCUAUGGGAAAGAGCACUCAAACUACUUUGGGACAGACGAUAAACUGGGUGCUGUGGCUGUGAGCAUCCGCAGGGAGAAACUGGAUGACACCAAAGACCUGAAAGACCAGUAUCAGUACCGCCUCAUCAUCAGAACGAGCGAGCUCGUGACCCUGCGAGGCUCCAUUUUAGAAGAUGCAGUGGCGUCUACAGGGAGGCAUGGCACUGUGCGGGGUCUGCCGCUCAAGGAGGUCCUGGAGCAGGUCGUCCCAGAGCUCAGCGUCUCCUGUUUGAGACUAGCGGUCAGCACACCCAAAGUCACGGAGCAGCUCCUCAAACUGGACGAACAGGGGUUAAGUCAGAAGCACAAGGUGGGUGUUCUGCUGUGCCGUGCGGGCCAGAGCACAGAGGAGGAGAUGUACAACAACGAGGAGGCGUCACCCGCCUUUUCUGCCUUCCUGGAGCUGCUGGGGGAGCAGGUGCUUCUCAAAGGGUUCACCAAAUAUGCAGCACAGCUCGACACAAAGACCGACUCUACAGGCACCCACUCCCUGUACACCACCUACCAAGGCUACGAGGUCAUGUUCCACGUGUCCACCAUGCUGCCGUACAUGCCCAACAACCCCCAGCAGCUCUUGAGAAAGAGGCACAUAGGGAACGACAUUGUCACCAUAAUCUUUCAGGAGCCGGGGGCGUUGCCUUUCACUCCCCAGAAUAUUCGCUCGCACUUCCAGCAUGUCUUUGUUAUCGUCCGUGUGCACAACCCCUGCUCUGAAAACACCUGUUACAGUGUUGCUGUGACAAGAAUGAAGGAUGUGCCUCCCUUCGGCCCACCCAUUCCCAACGGCGUCACCUUCCGUGACCGAGAAACCUUUCGUAACUUCCUUCUAGCCAAAGUUAUCAAUGCAGAAAAUGCAGCGCACAAGUCAGAGAAAUUCCACACCAUGGCGACACGUACGCGGCAGGAGUACCUGCGCGACCUGGCUGAAAACUAUGUCAGCAGCACGCCGCUCGACUCAGCGGGCAAGCUCAACAACCUCAUCUCCCUCGCGUCCAAGAAACGCGAACGCUCCAAGGCAAGAGAAGGAGCGGAGCUGGGGGCUGUGGGGGCCGUUGCCUGGAGGGUCCUAGCCCAGGACUUCAGUGGUGGGGGGACAGAGCUCCCCUGUGCCUUGGGUGUGUCAGCUGAAUACGUCCUCCUUACUGACUGUUCCACCAAAGAGGUGGUGUUUAACUGUUUCUGUGCGGAUGUGAUCGGUUGGACACCAGAACGGCUGGCGUUAAAGAUCUUCUACGGCAGAGGAGACCACAUCGCUGUGCGGGUACCAGAGGGCUGCGCACAGGAUGUCAGGGAGAUGGUGCAGAGACUGAAGUCGUUGACAGUGGGAUGUGAGACGGUGGAUAUGACUCUGAGAAGAAACGGACUGGGGCAACUGGGCUUCCAUGUUCGCCUGGACGGCACUGUGGCCGAGGUGGAGGAGUACGGCUUUGCCUGGCAGGCGGGACUGAGACAGGGCAGUCGGUUAGUGGAGAUCUGCAAGGUGGCUGCGGUGACGCUCACUCACGAGCAGAUGAUUGACCUGCUGAGGACGUCGGUCACAGUCAAAGUGGUCAUCAUUCCUCCGUAUGAAGAAGGCGGGCCUCGGAGGGGCUGCACAGAGGAGUAUGAGAUGAAGACUAUGGAUCAGAAGCCAGAUCCUGAGCCUUUGGCGGCAGGCUACCGACCAUCUCCUCGCCCAGCAUGGCGAUGGGACAGCCCACCCAUUCCCCCGGGACUCCACAGUGUCCCCACCCCACAACGCUGGGCCCCCAUGGGUCCUCCACCUCCUCCACUGCCCCGCUCACACAAGGCCUUGAUGCCUGUUCCCUACAGGGAGCCCCAGCACCUCAACUCCAAGAGGCCAGUGAGCUACCCAGAGAACCACUACAGUUUGUCCCCUGCAGGAGGUGACAGAGUGCUGCCCUACAGAAACCCUUCAGCCAGCUUCUCCUCGCCCUCCUCUGGCCUGGUCAGCCUCUCCAUGAUGGGGCCGCCUGGAAUCACUCCAGGCCCCUUCGUACGCUACAAACCUUCACCUGACAGAUACGGAACAGGGCAGCGACCCCUGCUACCCUAUGAGCCCCACCUCAGUGUGGACAUCACCUCCAGUGGAGAGUCUUCCUCGGGCUUCACCAGUCAGGACAGCACCAUGGAGCGCUGCAAAACAGAACCCCUCUGGCAUGUCCCAGCAUCAUCGUCUCGGGGACUGGGUGGUGGAGGUGGGCAGAGGAGACUACCCAGACAGGAUGUCCCGGGAAAAGACUCUCCGAACAGACACUCAAAGGGUGAGACUCAGUACUCCAGCCACUCCAGCAGCAACACUCUGUCCAGCAACGCCUCCAGCAGCCACAGCGACGAGCGCUGGUUCGACGGCGGAGCCGGAGGAGAGCGAGGAGGCGGGGGUUGCCUUGGCGACCCAGCCGACCCCGACGCUGACCUUCUCAACAAGGGGGGGUCGAAUGACAGCGGCAUCGACGCCUCGACCCACUACAACAACGCUCGCCACGGAAAUAUGUCCAACAGCCAGGCCCACAAGCCCAUGCACUGUUUAGCCACCUACAGCGGCAUCCAGGAGCUGUCCAUGGGAAGGAGCAGCGGUGGGGGAGAAGCGAAGAGGCGAGAGUCUUCGCCCAUCAUACCAGCAGCAGCCAAUCAGAACAAAGGAUACCGGACGAGGACAUUCCCACCUCCUGGCUCCAGUGCUGAUAAAAUGGAUGCUUUCAAACCCAGGGCCUACACGCCGCAGGGUUACAAGACUCCGGCUGAAAAAGCCCGGCCUGUCCGAGCCGCUACGACGACGCCCACGUCAGCUCAGUUAAGCUCCAUCCCCCUGUCCAGCUCUGCUCCCAAGGCCUUAUAUGGGAAGAGCAGACAAACUGCCUGGCAGACCGAAGACACCAACCCAUCACCUUCAAAUGCAACCCCAACAUCCAGCUCUGACAGCAGCAGCAGCAGCAAGAAGCAGGUGGAUACAAAUUCAAAGAACGUUUUUGGACAACCUCGGCUCCGAGCAUCGCUGAGGGACCUGCGUUCUCCACGCCGGACAUACAAAAGCACCAUUGAAGACGACCUUAAGAAACUAAUUAUCAUGGACAACCCAGGAGAGACGCCACAAAGAGAUCCGUCUCCCAGACGAACCUUGCAGCGAACCUUUUCAGACGAGUCGCUGUGCAGCGGGCGCAGAGAGGCAAGCUUCGCAAACUCAGAGAACCAGACGACCCCCACUGAUGUGCUGUUCACCUCCACGCUGCCCACACGCAAACACGCCGUCUCCUCCAACCACAUUCAGGGCAAAAAGAUGCCUCUGUCUGCCUCAGAGCUGUCUCUCACAGAAGUUAGAGACAAAGUUCCCCCCCUGAGGAGGCUCGAUCCGGGGUUGAUGCCUCUUCCAGACACAGCCUGUGGACUGGAGUGGUCCAGCCUGGUCAAUGCUGCUAAAGCCUACGAAGCACAACGAGCAGUUUCACUCUUCUCACUGACGGAGCCACAGGUUGGAGGUCCAGACAUGAGACCAGUCAUUAGUCCAGUCCAGUUUCACACCCCUCAGACACCUCGGACCACACCGACCUUCAGCGGUGACGAGGUGCCCAACGAUCUGUCUUGUCGGCUCUACCACCUGGAAGUGAUGUUAAAGCAGCUGAACAAUGAUUUGGAGAGAGAGAAACAGGACAAAGUCAUGCUGCUCGCAGAGAUGGCCAACCUGAGAGAGAAUAAUCAGCGCUUGCAGGAGGAGAGCCUGACAGCCAGUGAGCAGCUGCGCAAGUUCAGCAGGCUUUUUACUAACCUCGACAAGACGGAGAGCGACCACGAGGCUCGGCCCUUAACGCACGAAACUAACUCGAAGAGAGAGUGACACCUGCACCUGUAGAAGGAGAAGAAGAGCGUGAGGUUCAGGCCGCAGAGGGAGGGCGACUGUGAGAGAUUUACUCUGUCACUACCCGUUAUUUCCUUGCACACACACACACACACACACACACACACACACACACACACAGGAGCGGCAGAGGUCACAAUGAUGUCUCCUCACUCAGCUUCCAUUGGACUGCCUUAAACCAUACAGAGCGAGAAAUAAGACGAUAGAAUUUCUUUUUCUUUUUUUUUUUUUUUAAACUGCAACAAGUCUUAGCCACGCCUGCGGAGACCCUCCCUCUCUAUUCUCUGAGCCCGUUUAUUUUUAUAAACUGAAGUCAAAACGUCUUAUAUUCUUGUCUUAUAUAUAAAUACAUAUGCUACUAUGCCAGAGGAGCGAGUAGGAGAGGAGAACCUGACUGUUUUAGAGGACACUACAUCACCUGGAGAGGCCUAAUACUGUUCCUGCAGCGAAUCAGCCAAAAGAAAAAAAAAACAAAAACAGAAGACUCAUCACAGACUGCAUUUCCCAGAAUUCACUAGAGGUAAUCAAAGCUCUACAGACAUGCUACUGUAGAUAGAUGCCUGUGUGGUACAAUUCUCAUGUAUCAAUAUUAUCUAUAUUGUACUGAUACUGUAUAACAGUUGUACUAAAGAGGUGUGUGUGUAUGUGUGUGUAACUGGAUGGUACAGCGAAUACUCAGAAGCAUUAAGGCACAAAAUGUGUUUGUGCUCAAGGCAAGAUGCAUUUUGUUUCACUCUGGUGUGACUGUGUGAGACAGAGGAUGAAUGUGAUGCUGUUUGAGUGAUGAACAAACUAGUUUACUGUAAUGCGAAACUUGUGGGCCACAAUAUUCGUUUCCUUUUAAAACUAGGUUUACGUGGUUGAACCCGGCCCUUUAGAUGUGAAACAAGCCAUCAAGCGUGUUGAGCGAGUGUAAAUGAUCCAUGUUAUAAAGCUCAGUGAUAUAAUGAUGAUCAUAUCUCUAAUGUAGUGCAUUGUUUUUCUUUAAUUUAAUCUUCACUGUCUUCAGCAGUGCCGUAUCAUCUCAGAUCUAAAUGUACUGGAUAACUGUUUAACCUUGAGACGUUAUCGUAGUACUUCUUUGACAUUAUCCUUUUUUCCCCUGAUAUUUAGAUUGUCUGACAUUUUGGAAAUUACCCCUACUCACUUUAUGACAGAGAACUGGCACCGCUCUCACGUCGUUCCUUUAUUAGCCAGAAAACCGUUAUUAGCUUAGCAUUAAGACUGAAUACAAGGGGAAAGUUAGCCUGGAUCUGUCCAAAUCCAUAUACCAGCACCAGUAAAUCUACCUAAUUAAGACGUUAUAUCUUAUUAAUCUAUCCACAAAAAACCCCCGGGGUGCUACAUGGACUAAUUUUCCGUUUUACUCACUUUGGUCCUAACAGACUCGCUUGUUGCCUGGCAACAAGUUCCGGUGUUGCUCCAAAUUCUGCCACAUAUUGACAGUUUCAGCUCACCGCUGUAAACGGUUUUGUUAGUUUUUAAAAUCACACAGAGCACACUGUCGCAUACUUCAUUUUUAUAUCCGGUACCAAACAUGCUGUGCUCGUUGUAUUUAACUAUGAAAAUAAACAUUAUAUAACUUUCGAGGUGUUGGUAGGACGGAGCCAAGCUAGCGGUUUCUUCAUGUUUUUGUUCUUCAUGCUAAGCUAACGAUGUGCAGGCCGGACCUUUUAUAUUUAACAGAUUAAAACAUGGGAGUGAGACCGUUGCUCUCAUUCAGUUCUCCACUUGAAGGUCAUCCAUGUCAAUUCCCAAAAUGUCAAGCUGUUCUUAUUAUUCUGUCUUAGCAUACUAGCUCAUCAACAGUAGUGUGUGCUUACAGAAGACACUUAAUGUACAUGAAAAUCAUUUAAAGCUCCUUCAUAUCAGAACCGGUCUGUCUGUACGUAUGAGAGGAUUUGUCCCUGUGUUCUGUGCUAACCCAAAUGAACACAAAUGACACUAUUUAUACUGCUAGCUUGCUUAAUGAUAUUGUCUACUAUAUCUAUUUUUCAUACAGAAAAAAAAAUGUGUCUGGUUGUUUAUGGAUGCUGGUACUGAACGGACCCUGCAGAGGAUGAAUCAGUCCUAUCUUCCUGUGUCAGUAGAGAUACUGCUGAUAAAACUGUACGAAAUUAUCAUCUCCUGCUCUGCCCUGUUGAACAACUUCUUACUUCUUCUUCUUCUUCUUCCCUGGUCUGACUGGAACUGUUGAAUAUUCAAUCCCAACUUACUCAGGUUCCUCAAGAUGCUGUUAAGGACACUAAACCACCCGGCGGGCGAUGUGAUGCACUGUAGCCUGAGACAUUACAAACUUGUCUACCUUACUGUUUAUAACCAUUGUAGUUACCCAUUCAAUAUUUCUGGCCGUGUUAGACAAACAUAAACUCUUUUUCAAUUGAUUUUUCUUAAAGUUGAGCCGCAUCACCCACUCACCUACUACCACUAAAGAUACUUUUAUUUCGCUGACACAAGAGGAACAAGUGUUGUAGUCUGACCCUGAGCUGGACAGAAAACUGCCAUUUCCUCCUGCUCCUCCUCAGCCCAUUAAAAUAAAUGAAAGACAUUACCGACUUCUUUACUUUUCUGCAGCCAGUUAUGAGAGUUUGCAGUCGGGCUCUUGUCAUGCCAUUAACUUUGAUAUCGGUACCAUUUAUGCUCAAGCUUUGGUUCAGAAAUACUAAGUUUUACCAGACUGUUGUAAACAAAGUCAGGCAAUAAUGGGGAUCACAUUCUGGUUUCACGUUUGGACCUUUUUAGUUCAGGAUCCAAGUGACACUCCUGUUAUUUCUGCUUGAGGAAACCCCUUUGUGCAGCUUCCUUCCUUCUUUUUUUGUUUUAUAAUAUAUACAUUUUGUUUGUUAUGUGUAAUUGUAAGCUAUUUAUAGCAAACACAACAAUCCCUGUUGAACAAAUCAGUAAUACAUUAUGGUUAAAUAUUGUAUAACUAGUUUUUUUUUUUUUUUUAGAUGUUUAACUAUUUUGAUAAUUUAUUUUUUAACAUUCCCACUGUUGCAGACAAUGGUGAAGAUGAGAGGGUACUGUGUUUUUAUUUGUGUAUGCUGUUUUAAUUCUGAUCUCUGUACAAAACUGAUUCCUUUGUUUUCUGGCAUUAUCGGUUCAAUCUGUGCAUCUGUGCUCACACAAUGCAUUGACAAACACUUGUUUUCUUUUGGUUGUAAUAACUUGUACAUUUUAAAGUGUAAAUUAUGUUUUCAUUAUUUUAUAAAAAAUAUAUUAAAAAUAAUUAUCUGAA